AUGGCGCUGCGGCGCCUCCUGCUGCUGCCGCUGCUGCUCUCGCUGGAGCCCCUGCACCUGCCGCCCGGCGCCCGCGCCGCCCGCGGCCGCGCCGCCAACCGGACCCUGAGCGCCGGCGCCGCUGCCGUCGGGGGCCGGCGGCCCGGGGGCGCCCUGGCCCGGGGCGGCCGCGAGCUGAACGGCACGGCCGCCCGGGCGCCCGGCGGCGCGGAGGCGGGGGGCCGGCGGGGGCAGCCCGCGGCGGCGGCGGCGGCGGCGGCGGCCGUCACCUACGAGACGUGCUGGGGCUACUACGACGUGAGCGGCCAGUACGACAAGGAGUUCGAGUGCAACAACAGCGAGAGCGGCUACCUGUACUGCUGUGGCACCUGCUACUACCGCUUCUGCUGCAAGAAGCGCCACGAGAAGCUGGACCAGCGCCAGUGCACCAACUACCAGAGCCCCGUGUGGGUGCAGACGCCCAGCACCAAGGUGGUGUCGCCGGGGCCCGAGAACAAGUACGACCCGGAGAAGGACAAGACCAACUUCACGGUCUACAUCACCUGCGGGGUCGUCGCCUUCGUCAUCGUGGCCGGUGUUUUUGCCAAGGUCUCCUAUGACAAGGCCCACCGCCCUCCGCGGGAGAUGAACAUCCACAGGGCUCUGGCCGACAUCUUAAGACAACAGGGACCAAUCCCCAUAGCACACUGUGAAAGAGAAACUAUCUCGGCUAUCAAUACCUCUCCCAAAGAGAACACACCGGUCAGAUCGUCCUCCAAGAACCACUACACCCCCGUGCGCACGGCCAAGCCGACUCCAGGACAUUAUGGGAAGGAUGCUUACCGAAGUGGAGGACCCGAUCUCCAUAACUUCAUCUCCUCUGGAUUUGUCACGUUAGGAAGAGGACACACGAAGGGUACAGUGGAAACCAUUUUUUACUAAAACACACAGGUUGCCUAGGGGAGCCCCGCUCUGAAACGUGAAGAUGAUGUGGAGGCCAGAGGCUUGUCCGGGACAGGGAGAAGCAAGGGGUGGUACCACGGCAGCUGGUCCUGGUGACAUACGUGGCUUUUGACAGGUCACAGGUGGGACGUUAGAGGGCCAUAGACUUGCCAGAGACAUCGCUCCCGCCCCCCCCUUCCACCCUGGCGAGGAGCGGGACCCAGAGGCCAGGGACCCUGUGGGAAGGACCACAGGCAACCUGGUAGGAAACUGCCAGUGGGCGGGGCACCAUUUGCAAAGUGCGUGUUCUCCUCUCGGCUCUUACCCCUUUUCCGUUUGAAAGCUGCAUUUUAUAAACUGAUGCCAACGUUCUGUACCGUGGGUCUUAGAGCCAGCGUGCAUGUUCGAGAGUUUCAGUGUCCCUAAGUAUGUCUAUAUAAACUCUCCGCGGUGUGAACCCAGAGGCAGAGGUUACGCAGACCUUGAAGCCUCAAGACGAACGUUUACGUGGCAUUUCUGCUGAGCUGCUUUUUGCCCUAGCUGACAGCUUGCAGAGCAUCUGUGCAGGGGGGGGGGGGGGGGGGAUAUGGAAUCCUCCAUUCUGUCUUUUGUUUAAACAGAGUCCUCCUAGUGUUGUGAGCAUUCUGUCAUAUCAAGAGUAACUGGAUCCCUGACUCCUGACUACCUUCCUAACACCUGUGUAUUGUUAUAGAUCAACUGUGAAUUCUGUUGUAGGGAUGCUCUAUCCCUGUCUGCCUCUGAAAUAUGUGUCUGUUUUAAGUGUGAGUGACCAAGGAACUUUGCAAUUUUUUCUUACGUUCCAUGCAACUACUUUUUAAAUUCCCUGUGUGAUGUUUGUUCA